UCCUCCCCUUUAAGGCGCUCGCCGCGUUCCUCUAUUCUGCCCUCCGUCAGGCGGAUCCUGAGGGAAGGCCGUGCGGCGAAGCUGCAGCGGUCGCCGAGCGCGGGAGGAAGGCAAAGCGGGCGGGCGGGCGGGCGAGAUGUCCGGGGGCUGGGGCCGGGACAUGAUGGAUUACGGGGACGGGCCCGGGAUGUCCGGCGGCGGCGGCGGCGGCGGCGGCCGCGGGGGAAGCAGCGCCGGGGGCGACGGCCGCAUCUACGUGGGCAACCUGCCUCCCGACGUGCGCGAGAAGGACCUGGAGGAGCUCUUCUACAAGUACGGCCGCAUCCGCGACAUCGAGCUGAAGAGCAAGCGCGGCCUGGUGCCCUUCGCCUUCGUGCGCUUCGAGGACCCGCGAGAUGCAGAAGAUGCAGUUUACAGAAGGAAUGGUUACGAUUAUGGCCAGUGUCGUCUGCGUGUUGAGUUUCCCAAACCUUCCAGAGGUCGGGGUGGAGGCUUUGGUGGGGGGCCUCGAGGGAGGAAUGGCCCUCCUUCACGACGAUCUGAAUUUCGAGUCCUUGUUUCAGGGCUUCCUCCAUCAGGCAGCUGGCAGGACCUGAAGGAUCAUAUGCGUGAAGCUGGUGAUGUAUGUUAUGCAGAUGUUCAGAAAGAUGGAAUGGGGGUGGUUGAGUUUCUUCGCAAAGAAGAUAUGGAAUAUGCACUGCGUAAACUGGAUGACACCAAAUUCCGAUCUCAUGAGGGUGAAACAGCCUAUAUCAGAGUUUGUCCUGAAAGAAGCAUCAGCUACAGCUACUCACGCUCCCGUUCUGGUUCAAGGAGUCGCGAUUCUCCCUACCAAAGCAGGGGAUCCCCGCGCUACUCUUCACCCUUUAGGCCAUUCUGAAUGCACCCAAUAGGGACUUGUAACGAUGUGAACUGAGCUUGUCAUUUCUGCUCGGAGUUUACAUUCCAAAAUGGAUGGAUAUAGUCUUUCGUAGGAACCUUUUUGGUUGUUUUUUUUUCCUUUCUAUUCAAGAAAACCUUUUUUUUAUGACAACUGUUUUUACUAGGGAAGUGUUGGUAAUGAAGUACUAUGAAUCAUUGCCACUUAAAAAUGCAUUUUAUUUGGAAAAUGUAAAGUUGUUUUUGCUUUCCUUCUCAGUGAGGGAAAAUGAGCUUGAAAGUCAUACAUGUUAAUAGUUUGCUGGAUGGGCUUUAAAGCAGCGACUGUUGGUGGCGUUUCAAAAUAUAUUCCAAUGUUUCUGUAA